AUGAGCUCCACUAAUGUUGAUCAACCUACUAGUUUAAAGAUCGAGGCGCCACCACAGCUAGCGUCAGAUAUACAGUAUUCGUUCUUCUGGGAUCGAAAUCUACCGGACCCCUGUUGCACCUCCGAACUACGCAUGGAACUACAAACUACGGUAGCGCUCCCAGACCAAUCAUUCUCACUCGCUGAUGAUGAAACACAAACGUCUGAGACGUCUUCAAACGAUCUGAGAACGGAAGAAAAUCCAGAACAGGAAAGCAACUUGUCGACGAUGUCCAGCGAAGGAACAUCUGAGGUCGAAGAAGUGCAAAGUAUCCAGUGUGAUUUUCAUCCUUGUACCUCAACGGCCGUGGACGAUACCUCGAUCAAAUACGAAUUCAACGACGAGAUCUAUAAACCCACUGUGAUCUCAACCGAUGCAUCAGCUUACGAGACUGUAAUGCAGAGAAGAAUGCAACGAAGGCAAAUCAGAAGAGCUGAAGAGUUCUUGAGAACAAGUGUGUUGUUGGCCAAAAACAAUGACGUUUGCGAUGAAUUUGCCACACCAGCUCGCCAAUCGACACAAUACUGCGAUAUCGAUGCGAAUGAUGACGCCACGCUUUGGAUGUUGUUACAGUUAUCCGCGAAAAAGUUGAGAGGACAGACCUGGCCAUGCCGAAAUCGUGACGACCUCCGCGAACUUAUAAUGAUCAAGAAAGUCGCAGAAAAAGCCUUUAAUCAUCUUUUUCCACCUAUUAAACUUUAA